AAUGGUUUAGGGUAAAAUUCUUUAGUUUGUUAAAUGGAGCAUGUGAAAUAUUUUGCAAAAUUGAUAGUAAAAUAUGUAUAUUUUGAACUAUGUCGGACUUAAAUAAUUGUUAGCUUCUAAACUGCUUAUUAAAUAAUAGAAAAAAAUUGAUUUAUCUUAGUUUAAUUCUAGGGUUUCUAAAAAUUUUGCUUGACAAAAACAUGGUUUUUCCAUUCUAGGUCUCAUCCCAGCAAACAAGACUGGUGGAAUUAAACAUUGAAGAUUUUAGAUUUAAAUUUAAUAUAAGCAUUGUUGGUGUCCACCGAAUUCGAUCAACAUCAUGAAUGAUAGUUUCAAAAAUUAUUUUUUGCAGUUUCUCUCUCUCUCUCUCUCUCUCUCUUUCUCUUUCUCUCUCUCGCUCUCUUUCUCUCUCUCUCACUCUCGCUCUCUUUCUCUCUUUCUCUCUGCAAAUCGCUUGUCGCAGAUUAAUAACAAGAAAUGGGACAAAUUUGUAACUUGCUAUUUGUUUCCAUUCAAUUUUGUUCAGAGAAGGUUUAUACUUUUAGACAAGGUCAAGUUUAUCGAAAGCACGUCAGAUAAACAAUACAUAAAUGUUUAACACGAAACACUUUGACGUCCCACCUUAGCGCAUCACUUUCAUGGAUCUGUCGACCGAUCGUGAACCCUUCCAUGUUGGGCCAUCAAUCGCCAUCGUGCAACCUCAUCUUCCUGAAGGUAACAGGAGGCUUUUUCGUUGUUAGCUAUCUAAACAAGCACAGCACUCGAGUAGCCUUGCCUAGCCUACCGUGCCCAAACAAACACUGCACAAAUAGAGGAAGAAAAAAACACUAUUCUGCAUCUUGCACCGAUGGUAAUGAAUAAUCCAUCAAUGGUUUCACUAUGUUCCUCCUAAUGCUAAACCCUACGAUACCACAUCCCAACUGUAGACAGUAACGUGGGACGGGACUAAAUUACACCUCACUUGUGCCACUGCUCCACUGGCACUGGCAGUCACUAGCUGGAAAACGCCGCGAGAUUAUCAACGACCGAAACGCCGGCAGUAGUCGAAGAUAAAGUUAUUAAUUCAUAAACAACGAUAAGUGUGACAACAGCCGACCUUCCGUUGGCACCGACAGAUCGAGGGCUGUACACACCACCUCUUAGCUGAGUUUUCGACUAACUCUGAAGGCUUUUCAUCCCCACAGUUUGUCGCAUUUACUCGUAACUGUAUUUAACUUAGCACCCUUUCCAGCAGCUACGCUCCGUCUUCUUUUCGCGCAUAUGCAUCUGCUUAACGCGUUAACCUGACUGAGAUGAAUGGUUUAGCGCGCCGUUUAUGAGGUUAUAAUAAAAAGCGCCCACCUAUGAUUCCUCCCACACGUGGGAAAAGGUUCAGUCAGUGCUUGGCAAUGAAAUGGUGCGCUCGUACGUUAUACUUAUCAGUACCAUUUUUGUCAUCGUUUGUGAGUCUUUUUCGAACAUGCUAGCAGCUGCGCGGAACGAUCACCGAGAAACGGCACGCGCAUUCUACCGUGCACUGGACGAAAGUGGCUACAUCCCUACGCUAGCACUACUUCUGCAGGACUACAUUCUGGUCAACAGCACCGGUGCCAUACCGUGGAGUAAUCCAACCUUUGUCUAUUACGACCAACAGUUGAUUGACGCCAUUCAACAGCAGCUUGAGUUAGAAAACGUGCAGGACUCCUACGAUCAUCACCAGCUGCAGGCUGAUUACGGCUCUGCUCUGCAGCCCCUGCACGGAGGACUUAAAUUUUUCACCUACUACUGCGGUCCCGGCAAUUGGUCUGCCGACGGAAGCACGGUGCAAAACGCAUACUUUUCUAGCAUCGAUCAGUGCUGCAAACAUCACGACGAAUGUCCGGACACUAUUGUACACUCCAGGGAUUAUCACCGGUACGAGGAUUUACCCUACAAAGCGCAAAUAUUUACCAGAUUGCGGUGUAACUGUGAUGUUGAGUUUCUAAGAUGUCUGCAAAACAUUUCCACCUUUUUCUCCUACGCCGUAGCGUGGAUCUACACCAAGUUUCAGUCCAGUUGCUUCGACUACGAGUACCCUGUGAUGGAGUGCACCGUAAAAAGAAAUGAUGGACUAUUCACCGCCGAUCGUUGCCUCGCAUACAUGGUGGACAAUUCGUAUUCCAAACGAUGGCAAUGGUUUGACAUUCCCUACAUCGGCUCCAAUCAGUUAAUUUUCCCAGAGGUGGAGUACCGAUUCGAUCUCAACUGGUUCAAUAUACUUUUCGAACGUAAUAUCACCCCCAAUGUUUCCAUUUCAUAGUGUAUUUAACCAUACUGUUGAGGCUGUACGAUUCGCAUGCUUUGCAGCUGUUAUGUGGUGUUAACUUUUAUUAAAUAAAGAAUAUUUACGUUUCUAA